UACCGUGCAUGUGAUCGCGCUCAACUUGCUCGUUCUCUUCGUCACCCUCCGCGAUCAUCUGCUUCGAUCCAACUCUCUUCCUCUUCGUCUCUGAAAUUCUCAGAGGACGCUAAUCAUUACCAUCUACCUUCUCCCCGCCAUCGUUUUCCUCAUGGACUUCUCACUCCUUUGCCCUGCUUCUAUAAGCAGAGGCCGGCCGCAGCGAACCGCAAACGACCGUCUGUCUCCCAAUUUUCGCCUCCACUUUCAGUUUUCCGAGCUCUCCCUAACUGAUCCAUGGUUCUCUCCGCAUCCUCCUUCAUAACAUUUUCCAAAAUACCAUCCUCUCCAUUUCCUUCGUUCCGACGGCCUCUUCCCAGACUCUCUGUAGCCGGUGAGCUCCGGGAGGAUACCGUCUUGGAGAAAUCCGUCUCUCUCCACUCGCAUGGAAAGCUCCAGAAUGACAUAUUGGGGGACUUACAUCGAGCCAUUGCCCUUAAACGCUUGGAAGAGAGAACCCUUGACUCGAAAUCUGUUCAGGAGGAAGAUGGGAGGUCGGGUGGUCAGAUUGCCAAACCAUCCGAUUUCAGAAUGUCUCUCUGCGAGCUCUUGGAACGAACCAAGGCUACACCUCUUAGUGUGUGCGGUAAUAUUGGAGUGAUUAUUACUGGAAUCGAGAAUGACUCCAGGAAUGUAAGCCCCGGUGAUCUUUUUGUUUGCUGUAUUGGGUAUAAAACUGAUGGUCAUUUUUUUAUUAACGAUGCUAUUGAGAGAGGUGCUGUGGCAGUAUUAGCUUGUAGGAAGAUUGAUUUGGAUAGGAUUUUGGAUUGUGAAGCUCUAGUGAUAAUGGAGGAUGUAAACUCUUUGCUUCCUACCCUUGCGGCAAAUUUCUAUGGAAAUCCGUCGAAAAGAAUGUCUGUAAUUGGGAUUACGGGAACAAAUGGGAAAACUACCACAGCACAUUUGGUGAGAGCUAUUUACGAGGCAAUGGGAGUGAAGACUGGCAUUUUGGGAACUGUAGGAUAUCAUGUUCAUGGUGAGAGUCAAUUGGAUGUGUCGAACACAACUCCCGAUGCUGUAACCGUUCAAAAACUUCUGGCAAGAAUGGAGCAGAAGGAAACUCAAGCAGUAGUAAUGGAAGCUUCUUCUCAAGGCUUAGCCCUUGGGAGAUGUGAUGCAAUUGAUUUUGAUGUUGCUGUUUUCACAAAUUUAACGAGGGAUCAUUAUGAUUUUCAUGGAUCAGAAGAGGAUUACAGGAAUAGCAAAGCCAAGUUGUUUGCUUGGAUGGUUGAUCCAAAUCAUCAUUGCAAAAUUGUGAACAUUGAUGACCCAAAUGCUAAUUUUUUUGUUUCACAGGGUAAAAAAAGUGUUCCUUUGGUGACAUAUGCGAUGGACAAUAAGAGUGCUGAUGUUUACGUUUUAAAAUUUGAGCUUUCAUUAAUAAAGACAGACAUUUUACUCAGAACACCUAGGGGUGUCCUCGAAAUUUCAACGAGGUUGAUUGGGCGGCACAAUAUAUACAACAUUCUUGCAGCUGUGGCUGUUGGUGUAGGGAUUGGUGCUAAGUCAGAGGAAAUUAAGGAAGGAAUUGAAGGAGUAGAUGGCAUUUCUGGUAGGUUUGAGCUAAUACAUGAGAAUCAACCUUUCAGAGUGAUUGUAGACUUCGCUCAUUCUCCUGAUGCUUUGUCAAGACUCUUGGACACUGUAAGAGAACUAGGUGCCAGGAGAAUCAUCACUGUCUUCGGGUGUGCUGGCGAAAGCGAUAGAGGAAAAAGAUCAAUGAUGACAAAAAUUGCUACUGAUAGAAGUGAAGUGGUUGUAUUGACAUCUGACAAUCCGAAGACUGAAAAUCCAUCCAACAUCUAUGAUGAUAUGCUUUCGGGCUUUGGAUGGACUGUGCAAGACUAUGUACAUCGCACUCGGUAUCAAUGUUGUUUUUGUCUUCCAAAUGGUAAUAAAAUUUUUGUGCUGGGCUUGAGAAGGGUAGCUGUGCGUGCUGCAAUAGCCAUGGCAGAAGAAGGUGACGUUGUGGUUGUUGCAGGCAGAGGCCAUGAAACCUAUCAACUAGAAGGAGACAAAAGAGUGCACAUUGAUGAUAGGGAAGAGUGCAGAGAAGCUUUACGUGAUCUUGACAAACUACGUCAAGUAUGUCUUGGAAAAUGCAUUCCAAUAAUGUAUUGCUCAUGGCUUGGCACUUACAACUGAACCAAAUUCUCAUUCUCAUGCAACAUGCGUGGUGAUUGCUUGGUAUAGUGCAGGCUUCGUUAUGCUCAGGGUGUUGGCCAUAGGAGAAUCAUGACUUCGUGCUUAUAUUGCAUCAAAAGUUUUGUUAUCCCGCUCUAAGGCAAGGUUAUUUUUUUAAAAAUUAUUUAGUAGCCGUUAGUAUCAUGUUAUUAAAAAUAUG